UGACAAUAAUAACAAACAUUGACAUUUUAUCAACUGACAUAAAUUUGAAGUCCAAAAUUCCGUGUCCGCCACUGUUGCUCAAAAAAAUUUCAACCUCGCAAUUUUUUAUUGCCACACUGGCAACAUUUUAAAGAUGGACCAGAAGAAAAGUCAUAACGCAAGUAGGUUGGGGGUAACGAGGAAAAACAAACCGCCCCCUCAAAUCCGGCAAACGUUGGCAAGUAAGUACCGACUACUUAAGGCAAAUCCUUUAUUGCGAUGGGAAUUGGAGGAAAAACUUGUCUCAAAAAAUCCAAAGGAAAGCUUUGUGCCAUUAACAACACCACUCAAAACCUUGGUUAAACUGUUGGAUGAUGGAGAACCCAAUGUAGAGUCUAGUCAAACCGGGAAAAUUACGCAAAAACCAGUUUCCAAUCCUGCGACUAUUACGAAAACUUUUCACGUUGAAAACAAACAAGAAAAAUUGAACAGUGGAAGGGAAGUGAAAAAUCCAGUUUGUAAUGAGAAGAGCAAUGUUUUCGGUAAUACAACGACUAGAAACACUGAUUUUACAAUUGGAAACAAACGGUUAUUGACUCAAAAACAUGUUCUUCGCAAAUCGUUAUCUUUUCACGUCCCUGAAACUAAAAAAAAAAAUUUGAAUAGUGGAAGAAAAGUGGAAAAUUCAAUUUGUAAAGAAAAGACAAUGAAUACUUCAACUCUGCUAAAUACCCCCAAAAAAGUGGAAUGUUGUCCCAUGACUCCAAGCCGAGAAACGAAAGAAGUAACAAGGAGGCUAAGUGAGUGGAUGAGAAAAAGGGGCAAAAACUUAGCCGACUUCAACCAUUUGAAAUGUUUUGGGGUACAUUUACAAACCAAAAAUGAAUCACAAAUCGCUGAUAAGGAAAAUAUAGAGACACACAUUGUAAGAGAGAACAGUUUUGACAACAAAGAAGAAAUUAAAGUCGUCAAAAAUGACGAUUUUGCAACCGUUGCUCAUGAUGCUUUGACCGAUUUGCACAAACUGAUUUUAGAAGGAUACCCGCCUGAACAGUGUGAAAUUUGGCUGAGACUAAUCAAAGACAAGUCCACAAAAGUCAAAGACACGCCUGAAUAUUGGGAAUGUCGAGCUGCUUUAGAACAAACAAAAGGAAACAUUGAUCUAGCUGUCGAGUGCUACAAAACUGCCAUAAUACAAGGCGCUAAAGUCGAAAAUGUGGACAAACACCUUGAUCAACUGUUACAAAAAUUCAGUUUGCUAAAUAUCGACAAUGAUUUUGGAAAUAAUCAAAAGAGUAAAGUUGUUGAAAAUGUUAGAAAUAUCUUCAAGUCGAGUAUUAUUCAAUUCGCUGUUCAGGAACGGUUUAUUAAAACAAAAAAUAGUGACGGUGAUAUCACACUCCAAAAAAAAUUAAUUGCAACUCCUGUGAGGAGAAGUACACGUUGUUCAAGGUCGGCUUUUACUACCACCCCCAAAAUACAGAUUUAUUCGUCGUUGCAGGACAUUGAUAGCUCUAUCAGGUGCACUCUUGAUUUCAAAUGCAACAAUGCGUUAAGAGAUUAGGUUUUUAUAUUGAGAAAUGUAUAAUACUUUUUUAAAAUUAAAUUUAUUACAUAUUUUGACAAGGCAACUUGUACGUUACUUUCCAAAUAAAUUAAUAAUUUUC